AUGGUUUUGUUGAUGGCGUUACACAUCUAUUCUAUACUUACCAAGGGGGCCUCGCAAUCAUGUGUCUUUUUGUCACGAUUAUUUACGAAUAGAUUUCUAGACUGCCUGCCUAAGAUAGGCUUUAUUGUCUCCAUACCCUUUCAGUCGGGGAUGCUCAUUUUGAAAAAAAAAGAUAUCCAAAGCAACAUUCAAGUCCACACGCAACAAUCACCUACAAAACUUAUGGAGUCAUGCUGA